AUGUACCUGAAACCUCCCUGCUUACCAUUGCACUCCGUCGCCGCCCACGCUGCCGCUGCGGCGCUAAUUUUUCGUCGCACUUUCUUGUUUACUUCCCUUAUAGUUAUCUUUAUUCCAUGCAAAAGCAAAUAUGUUGGCCCAAAAGGAAAGCCAUUGUUUGCCAUUUGUACAAUUUGUGUUCCAUGUCACAGACGAAAGUUGGGUUGUGGUCGGUUAAGUGUCUUGCGUCGCGGUUUAUGGUCUUCUCUUUCCAACAGACCAGCUACAGCGAUGGUAUGCCAACUGAAGCCGACACGAGCGGAGAGGGUAAAGAAGCUGCGGGAAGGGGUUGCGGAGGAGUGUAAAUCAACUUAUCAGCCUUAG